ACAACUGCUUCACUCUUCUUUAUUUUGCUGAUGCCCAAGCAUGCCGCUCACUAUCUCUCUUACCUAUCAUCAGGGUUCAUCACCGGAAGUUAUCCGUCGUGCCGCCACUCUCUCGUCGUUACCCUCUCAUCAGGGUUCAUCAGCUGUCUGGCUUACCAUCUAUAGGAUUCUCUGCAAAUAUCCUCUGUUUUCGGUCAUUCCCUCUUCUAGUGUUUGUAUCCUUGCUUCCAACUCUGUUUUCUGCCCAGCCCACCAGGAUGGUUUGCACUUGAAAUUUUUAGGAAAGGAUUUAAGAAGAAGAAGAAGAAGAAAAGAUUCUCAAGCGUUCCUUGCUUCUCUUCUGCCAUGGAUCCUCCUUAUUUGUUGGCCCUUCCUUAGUCCUCUUUAUUUUUUACUGCAUCAGGGCCAUGACAUCCCAUCGCCUGUCCAUUCUAUUAACAUUCUCUCUUUCAUGGUAAGAAAACUGUGAGUUGACGCUGUCUGUCCCUCGUACCGCUGCUGCUGCUGUGACUCUUGUCAAUGGCGGCCUUGGUAAUGGCCAAAUCGGACAAUUUUUAUUGAAUUGGUAGCUCCUUAAUCAACUCGAAACCCCGUUGUCCAAUCUUCAAUUCGAACCAAAAAUUGAUUUAGUGUGGUAUUAAUUUCUAUAUUAAUCUAAAAAUUGUUGUAUUGGGAUAUUAAAUCGGACGUCGUAAUUUUUUUCCAGGGGAUAUCAAACUGGAAUCGAAAUUACCGCCACCUCAAUCUUUGACUCGAAUUACAAUACCUAACCCUGAAUUUUAGUUGGUACUUUGGCUUUAGAUUAGUUUAUUGAUAAAUUAGGUUAAUAAAAUUAUUAUUUGAUUAUAUUGUAGGAGUCGAUUCGAUUCGACCCACUGUUAGAGCUAAACGUGGAAGACGUAAUGAUCGUCGUUAGAGUUAUUUGGUCGAAGUGUCUC